GUGUAAGAGGAGUGCAUCCCGUCGGCGCACGGGGCUAGAGCUCUCGGAGAAGUGGGAUCGCGAGGCCGGUGCGCGGCGGUCUGCGCGGUCAAAGCAGCGCCGGGCGGCAGCGGCGGCAGCAGAAGCAGCAGCGGCCCCCGGCGCGUCCGCCGCCUCCGCGCCGACAGCCGCCGCGGCUGCAGCCUCCGAAGGGAGGCCGGGGGAGCCGGCGUGCGCACUUUCCCGCGGACUUUCGGAGUGUUUGUGGAUUUACUUGCCAAGCCAUCAAGAUGAUGUCCAUGAACAGCAAGCAGCCUCACUUUGCCAUGCAUCCCACCCUCCCUGAGCACAAGUACCCGUCACUGCACUCCAGCUCCGAGGCCAUCCGGCGGGCCUGCCUGCCCACGCCGCCGCUACAGAGCAACCUCUUCGCCAGCCUAGACGAAACGCUGCUGGCGCGGGCCGAGGCGCUGGCGGCGGUGGACAUCGCCGUGUCCCAGGGCAAGAGCCACCCGUUCAAGCCGGACGCCACGUACCACACGAUGAACAGCGUGCCAUGCACGUCCACGUCCACCGUGCCGCUGGCGCACCACCACCACCACCACCAUCACCACCAGGCGCUCGAGCCCGGUGACCUGCUGGACCACAUCUCGUCGCCCUCGCUCGCGCUCAUGGCCGGUGCGGGCGGCGCGGGCGCGGCGGUGGUGGCGGCGGCGGCGCACCACGGCGCGGCAGCGGCGGCGGCGGCGGCGGCGGCGGCCGGGCAGGUGGCGGCGGCGUCGGCGGCGGCGGCCGUGGUGGGCGCGGCGGGCCUGGCGUCCAUCUGCGACUCGGACACGGACCCGCGCGAGCUCGAGGCGUUCGCCGAGCGCUUCAAGCAGCGGCGCAUCAAGCUGGGUGUGACGCAGGCCGACGUGGGCUCGGCGCUGGCCAACCUCAAGAUCCCGGGCGUGGGCUCGCUUAGCCAGAGCACCAUCUGCAGGUUCGAGUCGCUCACGCUCUCGCACAACAACAUGAUUGCGCUCAAGCCCAUCCUGCAGGCGUGGCUGGAGGAAGCCGAGGGCGCGCAGCGCGAGAAAAUGAACAAGCCCGAGCUCUUCAACGGUGGCGAGAAGAAGCGCAAGCGGACUUCCAUCGCCGCGCCCGAGAAGCGCUCGCUCGAGGCCUACUUCGCCGUACAGCCCCGGCCCUCGUCCGAGAAGAUCGCCGCCAUCGCCGAGAAACUGGACCUCAAAAAGAACGUGGUGCGGGUGUGGUUUUGCAACCAGAGACAGAAGCAGAAGCGGAUGAAAUUCUCCGCCACUUACUGAGGGGGAUGGGAGGUACCGGGCGGGGCAGAUCGGGGAGCCGAAGGGCAUUUCGAGGGGCUUUCCCCGGGCCUGUUUCCCCCCGGAUUUAGAGUGUCCGUUGUCCUGCUUGCAUUUGGGGAGCCCCUCCUCGAGCGUUCGCCUCCACCUCCUCUCUGCUCUCCCUGCCCUUACCCUCCCCAGCCUAGAGGACUGGGGUGCAGGGUGUGGACACCAGAGAGAAGGGCGGGGGGAGAAGAGGGAGCAUUUGUGAGAGUGGGGGAGUCGGGGGAAGGAAAGCGGAGAGUGGAGGAGGGGUUGUGAGGGGCAGGAUGGCUCUGGGGGUGAGGGUGGGGGGAGACUCGGGAAGGGUAGGGAAAUUGACUGAUUUUGACCAGAGACACUUAUCAAAAUCUCCUGGGGACCAAGGAGCUAUGUACAAAAAAACCUACCAACCACCAAAAACUAGACAAAUAAAGACAAAAGAAAACAAAACAGAACAAAAGCAAAGAAAAAAAUGCUUUAGAAAUUUAACUCCGGAGAGUCGUGUUCUGCAGCUUCAUUCCCCCCUCCUCCCCUGCCCCCGCAAGGAAGAGAAAAAAGAGCACCACGUUAUUACUAUCGCCCAGCCCUACACACAGGAACUGAGUCAAAGACCGAACACCAGACGAACCGGAAGGUGAAAUUCUGGGUAGCAAAGCUAGUUGUUCUGUUUGUGUGUUUAAUUUAAUCUUUCCUCUAAGUCUUACCUACACCCCAUCCAAGUCCUCUUUGAUUUAUUUUCUCUUUUCCAAUGAGACUCCGACGGCUGCUCUCCAUUUCCAGAAAGUGAGUAGGGGCACAGCUCAAAGGGGCGGCGGGUGGCUACUUGUUUAGGUGAAGUCCAAAUUUUCCAGUGACCCAGCCUAUACUCCUGUGGCCUGAUAGGUCAGAUGGGGGUCUUUAGGGAGAGAGAGGCAUAGUCUUUGGGCUGACUAAAAAGCAGAAUUUAGAGGCUCCGAAAUAAAUCUUUUAUUCUAGGAAAAUAGAACAAUUUUAACCAGGUUUUUACUCUUUCCAUUUUUGCUCUCAUAUCUAAGAUCUAGAAAACAGACCAUUUCAAACUAAGCUUUUCCCCCCCUUCCCACUCAUAGAACUUGCUUGCCCUUUCAUUUAUUUUUCUCAGUGGCUUAUUUUAAACUAUCUACUUUUUUUUCCCCUGUUGAUUCAAAUAGAUUGAUGGGGUGGCAGACAGUAGGAGAGAUACGCUGUCCCAUUUUCUCCACAGAACAGGACCCAUCUUGCUCUUCUAGGUCCCCUUUCUUCUCUCUUGGAGAACAUGAAAUCAUUGAAAUAUUGAGAAGUUUCUGCUUUCACUUGGAGCAGGACUUGGCUGUGAGAAAAUCAACUAAAUCCCAGAUGAGAGGAAGACGGGUUUAAAGCCCUCCAUUUAUUUCAAAAAGGUCUGCAUGUUGGGGGGGGGGAAGCAGAACAACUGUUUCAUUAUUAUUAUUAUUAUCCAAAAGUAAUUUAUUGCUGGGGAUAAAUGUUGGGUAGCAAAAACUUUAAUUUGCACUAUCAGUCUCCCAAAUAGAAAAUCAUGUAUAGUAUUUCAUAGUAAUAAUCAAGGUACUUUAUGAAACUACUGAUGGAUUAAAAAAAGAAAAAAAAUUGAAGGUGGUUAGGUAAAAUGCCUGCUUGGUGCACAAGACACUCUUUUGAUCUCGGGUGGAGAUGGUUUAUUACCAUCCUUUAAUAAGAACUAAAAAAUUGAAAACAGAACAGAUGAGAAAAGAAAAAACCUGCCAUUUAACAGGACUGAAAUCAUGCAUGAUCUGAAAGGUGCAGAAAGAAACACAACUAGGUCUCACUCUGGUUAGGCAUUAUUUAUUUAAUUACAUUGUAUAUCAUUGUUUGCAGCGCAAACAUUCUAUGCAUUUGAAACUGAGCACUAAACUGGGCUAGCUUUCUGAUAGACCGUUCUGUGGAUAGUGUGAUUUCACAGUCUACUGCCUGUUUUCACCGAAAACACAACAUUCUUGUCAUAUUCUUGUAUUUAGAGGAAAAGGAAAAAAGGAAGAUUACUGUAAAUAUUUUCUUUAAUGCACACACUCACACAGUGGUUACGAACUGCCAGUGUUAAUCCUGAAAUGCCUCACGGAUUGAUCUACCUGUCCAUGUAUGUCUGCUGAGCUUUUUCCUUGGUUAUGUCUUUGCUCUAUUAUCUUCCCCUCCUCCCCACUUCUAUCAGAACCACUUCUGUGCGCCAAAAUACAACAGGGGGAUAUGUCCCAGUACACUUACAAAUAAAAUAUAACUGAAAGAAGAGCAGUUUUAUGAUUUGGGUGCAUUUUUGUGUUUAUACUGGGCCAAAGUCCUGGGAGAGCCGGUCAACAAAUGAGACUCAAUUCAACCAAAAAUACAGGGAAGGGGAGGACGUUGAAAGGGAGGUGAAAAGAGGGGAAAGGAUGAGAAUGAUGUAUUUUUCUGCUGAAUCAGAAUUCACUUUCAGAUAACUCAUGUGAAAGCGGUGCUCUGAAUAAAAUGAAUUCUCUAUUAGUUGCCUGUGUUUAUCAAAGUUUUCUUUUUUUUUUAACUGCAGAAAUCCUUCAAGCACAGCCCUCGCUUCAGAGUGGUGGAAGGUAAUAAAUAACCACGCACUCUCAAAAUAUUUAAAUCAAGGUUCGGUGCAGAGGCAUUUGGAGGUUUGUAUGUGUUGUUCUAGCCUAAAAACGUUUCUAAGAAAAUGUUGUAACUAAAUGACUUUUAUUUGGAGUUUAACAAAAACCAUCCACUGAUCUGUCCAGCCAUGGUGUCAAAUGCCUCUGUUCAUUUGGAACUUUAGUGUGCCACCUACUGCUCCAGAGGGACCAGAGAUUCUCUGUUGGUGACCCGGGACUAGAUCAGAUGCCAAAUGUAAAAAGUUUCUUAAUAGCUGGGAUUAUAUCUUCUGAAGUCAUCCUACUUUAGCCAAAUCUUUUUAAUUUCACCGGCAAAUCUGUGAAACAAAAUGCUUGAUGUUCAAAAAAGAAGAGUACAUUUAAAAAGCUGUGAUUUUAAACAAUUGUUAAUGUUUUAAAAAAAUCACUAGAGGUAUUUUUAAAAUAGAUCUCUUCCAUCAAAAUUGAUUUGUUUCUGUUGUUAUUAACUUGAAAUGUCAUCAAAGUUUUAAAUAAAAUACAUUUGUUUAAAAAAAUACCCACGUAAUUUUAUAGAAAAGUAUGACCGGAUUUCAUUGUUGGAGAACCAGGAAUGAACAAAUAAACAGAUUUACAAAGGCUGUUUUUUAAAAAAAAUCUGCCCCGAACGGAAAUGUUGCAGGCAAAUAUAUUUGUAUUAUAUAAUGAUGACUAAUGUAUGUAAUAAGAACUAAGCAUUUGUUUUGUAUUAAGUAAAAUCCUUACCAAAUAAAGAGAAGACAAUAUUAUGUUAAUAAAACAUAUUAUGAAAAUAAAUGCUUUGCAGAGUUUCCUAUUUUACGUAGUAGGAAGCUGUGCAAAACAAAACAGGAAAUGCCUUGCUAUCUAGUGACUGAAUCUGUGUACUGCCUGAAGGAAUAUUAAGACUAUUCUAACAUACCUUUGUCAAUUCACGAACAAACAAACAAAUAAACAAGUUAACAAACAUCCUCCUGGAGAGAGUGCUAAGGCUUGCUACUCAGUGGUAGUUAACCUUUCAAAGUUUUCUGGUUCUGAAGAACGGAACUUCAAGUGAAUUCUGGCACUAGUCAGUGGGUGGAAAUAGCGUGGCUCCGGUUCUUUUAAAUAAUCUAAAAAUAAGUUGGAGUGGGAAAAUUGUGCUCUGUUUGCAUUUCAGCUUCUCAGGAAAUGCAGGCGGUGGUGGAGUAGGAAAGGCAAAAGAAAAGUAAGCAUAAAAUGCAUCUACCACGUUUAAGACACCCAUUCGUUUUAAAUUUUCUCUUUUCCCCAGUCCUAGCUCCGGGUCCCGCUA